GGCGGCGCGCGCUUAGUACACGCGAGAACCUGCUGAAGGCCGUUGGACUCGUGCGUUGUAAAUUAUGUACAUAAGUUAGUGAUAUUUUCCGGAUACACAUGAAUGGUGUGUCGGCCAACUUUGAGCAGACAAACCGAGCGGCGAGUGGGAAAAUCUGUAGACCAACGGCAAGCAUCGUCUGAACUGGAUACCCGUAUACCAAGUGCUCCGUAGCCGUAUCUCACACAGACCGUGGCUCGACGACUCCGUGAGGGAUUUUCAAGCCGACAACACCGCGGCAAGCCUAUAAAAUAUAAAGAGAGGGAAGGAAAAAACAACAAACGAACCCAGCGGAUUUUUUUCUUUUUUGCGAGGCUUUUUUAUUUUUAUUUUUUCAGUGUGUGUAAAAUAUUUUUUUAGGCAUGAAGUCCAGUGUAAAUCUCCUGUAAAUAACCUUAACCGUUUGUAAAUAGAUAGCCUACUAAAACAGCUUUCAGUGAGUUUGCUAGCCAUUAAAUCAUUUAAACAUCUAAAUAACGCUGGACCGACGAGCUACGAUGCUGCAUUUGGGUUUACUUGAAGAUAUUCGCAUGACAGUUUGAAAUAACAACAGCGCUGCUUACUCCGACUGGCUUGAAAAAAACCUCCUGGUUUAGUGUGUUUGUUUGAGCCGAGAGAUGUCUGGUUUUCUUUGAUUAGCACUGCACAAGUCACUUCUGAAGAAAAUGUAGGCAAUGUUGAGAAGAAAGUGAAAAUAGAAACUACUUUCCAACAGUUGUGAUCUCAUCCUGUAAAGCGAGAAUUAAAGGAAGAGGACAGAAGAAAAGUGUGACACAGUCCCCAGUUUGAUCAAGGACAGCCUUCACCUGUAGCAGUAGAAGAACAGCUUGGCAGAUUACUAGAGGUGACUGAGUGACCACAGAAAAAGAGAGAGACGGGGACUGACGGAGGAGCAAAGGUUUGGAGGAGGAGGAGGUCUAGCAGGGGUGGGAAAGCCCAUUCCCCAUGGCUACUGACCCAGGAGAGCCCACAGGCACCGAGGACUCCUCGGAGAAACCUGAUGGGCAGAAGGAGGAGGACCCGGAGUGGGAGGGCAAGGUUGACCAACAGAGGGAGAGGACAGACAGCACCCCUUUGGACUCAUCCUCCUCCCAGACUGAGGAAGGGAGAGCAGCAGCAAAAGAGGAUGGAGGAAUCAGAGGAGGUGGUAGAGGAGAAGCCUCCAAGGAGGAGACCAUACUCAGACCUGUUUCAUUCUCCACACCCUCCUUACCCAUCGAUACAGGUCAGAAACGACUGAGAAGGGAGAAGCGCUUCUUCAGGAAGAGUGUGGAGAUUUGUGAAGAAGAUGAUGAGGUGGACUUGCCCACCAUGGCAUCACAUAGUGCCCCCCACCUGGAGCUGCGUUCCUCAGACUCAGUUUUCAGUAGCAGUGCCCAGCAGCAUGGGGCUCCUUCAUCCUGUGCAGCCUUGGGGCAUGAACCAUCUUGCACCGGCUCAGUCCAUGAGCCUGGCAAAGAUGCUUCUUCAUCUGCACCUGUACAGAGGGGGAAGGAGAGGGACCGGGAACAGGAGGAGGAGGCAGAGAUGAAAGCUGUCGCUACCUCCCCUGGAGGAAGGUUCCUCAAGUUUGACAUUGAGCUGGGCAGAGGAGCCUUCAAGACUGUGUAUAAAGGCCUGGACACUGAGACUUGGGUGGAGGUGGCUUGGUGUGAACUUCAGGAUCGCAAGCUGACCAAGGCAGAGCAGCAACGCUUCAAAGAAGAGGCAGAGAUGCUAAAGGGGCUUCAGCACCCCAACAUUGUCCGCUUCUAUGAUUCCUGGGAGUCUGUGCUUCGUGGAAAGAAGUGCAUUGUCCUGGUCACUGAACUCAUGACAUCAGGAACACUCAAAACUUACCUGAAGCGCUUUAAGGUGAUGAAACCCAAGGUCCUUAGGAGUUGGUGUAGGCAAAUUCUGAAGGGUCUUCACUUCCUUCACACCAGGACUCCACCAAUUGUCCAUCGGGACCUCAAGUGUGACAACAUCUUCAUAACAGGCCCCACAGGAUCAGUCAAGAUAGGUGAUCUGGGACUGGCCACUCUUAUGAGAACCUCCUUUGCCAAGAGUGUUAUAGGAACCCCAGAGUUCAUGGCCCCAGAGAUGUAUGAAGAGCACUAUGAUGAGUCUGUGGACGUGUAUGCCUUUGGGAUGUGUAUGCUGGAGAUGGCUACUUCAGAGUACCCCUACUCAGAGUGUCAAAAUGCUGCUCAGAUCUAUCGCAAAGUCACAAGUGGUAUAAAGCCAGCCAGCUUUGACAAAGUAAAUGACCCAGAGAUCAAAGAGAUCAUUGAAGGCUGUAUUCGUCAGAACAAAAGCCAGAGACUCUCUGUUCGAGACCUCCUGAACCACGCUUUCUUUGGAGAGGACACGGGGGUCCGGGUGGAACUAGCAGAGGAAGACACAGGCAUUCAGGACUGCCUGGCUCUCCGAAUUUGGGUUGAAGACCCCAAGAAGCUGAAGGGGAAGCACAAGGACAAUGAGGCCAUCGAGUUCAGCUAUGACCUGGAAAAUGACAGUGCUGAGGAAGUGGCUCUAGAGAUGGUGAAAUCAGGCUUCUUCCAUGAGAGUGAUGCCAAAGUGGUAGGAAAAUCCAUCCGGGACCGAGUAAACCUGAUCAAAAAGUCAAGGGAGCGCAGACAGCAGCAGGUCCUUCAGCAGCAGGGCUUUGAAGAAAGAAGAGACUCUACUCUCACUUCCUACACCUUUUCUCUUCCAUCUUACCCAUCCUCACUGGUGCAAGGGGCAGCUGGAUACACAGGGGAAGGUGGAGGAGGUGGAAUGCAGGAGUCUGAGGAGCUUCCUGAAGUGGACCAGCAUGUCAGGCAGCAAAAUAUUUUCAGUGGGACAACCCUGAAUCUGCCAGAAGGGGAGAGCAUUGGGUCUGCAAUCUGUGAAUCUUACGCAAGUGGACAGAGUCAGGCAUACCCUGUGCAAGGGGAAUCAUAUACCCACUCACAGACCUCACUACCCCCAGUGGCAUCUACCACUGGUGCAUUGCCUCAUCCUCAGAUGCUUCCCAUUGGUGAGAGUGGAAGUGUUCCCAGUAUACCUCUUGGGCAGAGUGUUAGCAUGACCAGCAUGUCCGUAGGCCAAAGUGGAGGAGGACCCGCUGCUCAGACGUUUCUUCACACCAGUACCAUGGUUCCACAGGUAUCACCAAGUGUACCUCAACAAUAUUUUCAGUCACAAACAUUCCCUUCAGAUGCAUUUCAAACUGCCACUCCCCAUGGAUCAUUGGCCCCUUCACAGUCAUAUGUACCACCUGUUUCCCCACAAGCACCCAUUAAUGUUGUCACUGCAUCCAUGCCAGGCAGUGAUGCUGCUGGACUAGCAGGGACAAUUGUGCCUCAUGUUCAGCAGACCCAACACCCUGCCACACCCAUGCAGCUCACUGACAUCAUUUCCCAAGCCGCACCCCAGCAAACACAGUCUGUCAUGAUCCCCCAGCAGACUAUUGUCCCACAACAACAGAUAGGAAUGGAUCCCCAGACCUCCACCCUUCAGCAGCAGCUGCAACCGCAAAUGGGGGCCCAGGCCGCUGAGCUUGAACAACAACAAGUUACUGUCGCUCAGCCUGCAACAGAACAGCAUCAACAGAGCCUUUCAGCUGCAUCUAUCGAGAAACAUCAGUCUGAGACUCAGCAGCAGAUCUGUGUACAGCAGCCUGCCCCACAUGUCCACCCAACUUCACAGAAGCAUGUGUUCACCACGCAAACAGGUAUGGAGCAUCGAACUAUGUCAGUGCCACAGCCAGGGGAGCAAAUUCAGACUUACAUACAGCAACCAGCUGGGGAUCCCUGUGAGCAGACAGUGGUACAGUCACAACAACUGCAACAACAGCUUCAGCAGCAGCAAACUCUGUUACAGCAGCAGCAGCAAAAAGAGCAACAGCAACAAGCUUUACUGCUUGAGCAACAUCAGCUGUAUGUCCAGCAACAGCUUGAUCAACAACAACAAAUAGCACUGCUUAAACAGCAGCAGCAAGUCCAACUACAGCAGCAGCAAGCACUUAAACAAAAGCAACUGUUGGAUCAACAACAACAACAGCAACAGCAAGCUCACAUUCAACAGAAACAAGAGCAGAAACAGCAAGGCGUUCUACAACAAGAGCAAACAAUUUUUCAGCAUCAGUUAGAGCAGCAACCACAAAAACAGCCUCCAUCACAGCAACAGCAACAGAGUCAGUUAUAUCAACAAAUUGGACAACCCCAAACUGGAACACAAAAGGAAACAGAGAAUCAGCAACAAAGUGGGCAGAACGAGCAACAAAUUUUAUUGAAGCAGGAACUCCAGCAGACGCAACAGCAAAAUGAACAACUGCAACAGCAAGCCUUAAUCCGACAAAUGGAACAGCAACAGGCACGAAUACAACAGCAGUUAAUUAUUCAGCAACAGCAGCAGCUACAACAAAAAGCUCAGCUACAGCAACAAGAGCAGCAACAAGCACAGCUCAAGCAGCAGAUAGAGCAGCAGCAGCAAGCUCUUUUGCAACAACAGUUAGAACAACAGCGUCAGCAGCAAGUCCUGUUACAACAACAAGCAGAAAGAUUACAGCAACAGGCUAUGAUAAAGCAACAGAUUCAAGAGCAACAGCAAGCUGCCAUCAUUCAACUUCAGCAAACUGAAAAACAAGAAGCUGUCCCUAUUCCACAAAGCAACAGCGAGCAGCAGAUUCAUCAGCGACCAGCUGAUAUACAGCACAUGAAUAUCUCACAACUAAACUCUGCUCACUUUACACCUCACGCCUCUCAGCAACAAGUGAUAGAGCAACAGCAGCAAGUGGUACUGAUGCAGCAGCAGCAGCAGCAGCAGGCAUUUGUUGCCCAACCACAGCAGCACACGUCUGUAAUGGAACCUCGUAUAUCAGUUGGAGCACCAGUCAGUACUGAGGCCAUUCAUCACCAAACUCAUAUUAUGUCUCAGGCCCAAGUCGCCAUGACCAUUCCAACUACACAGAUCCCUGUCCAGAUGCCUGCAAGUGUCCCAGUGCAAGGACAAAGUGAGGUUCACCCCCAGAACCAGGGCCAGAUCCCAGCCCAGUUUAUAGCUCAGUCUGCAGUCCAAGCAUCUCAAGCUAUGACUGAAAGCCAGGUAACUCCUCCAUUGUCAUUGAUUCAGGGACACACACAACUUAUCCAGAAACAGCAGAUUCCUUCACAGAGUAGUUAUCCUGGGCCUGUCCCUCCCAUGCAGAAUCAGGUAACUUCUCAGCGAAUCCAGACUCAUCCUCUGAGCACAACUUUUACCCAGUCACAACCACUGCAUGGCCAGGUCCCAAAAGUUGAUAUUCAAAUGAUGGGGCAACAAACUAUUGUCCAGCCUCCAGCUGCAAUUCCUUCAAUUCCCAGUCAGAUCCAGCAUGAAACUACUGUUCAGCAAAAUACUCAGAUGCCAGGGCUCAUUCAACCCCAGCUUCAACAACAAACUCAAGGCCAGCAAAUUAGCCAGUUACAUGCUCAGCCUGCUACUGGACCUUUGACUACUCAGUAUGUCCCUCAGCCUACCCAGCAAGCCAUACCACCUGUACAGCCGGAUAUAACUCGUAUUGCCCAACAGUUGGAACAACAGCAGCCAGUAAUCCAGUAUCAGCAGAUGAUUCUUUCUCCGGGCUCAGCUGGAAGUGGUGGAAUUAAAACAGAUGGUCUCAGUUCGGUAGCUGCCCCUCUUCAUCCUCUGCAGGCCGUACAAGCCCAAGUCCCAGGUCAAAGAUCAGUACAUCCAGUUGUUCAGGCUGACCCUUCAGUAAUUCAGUCCAUGUCUCAACCUGCUGUGCCUCAGUAUACUGAACAGUACCAGCAACAGCUGCCAAAGCUUUCUCACGUGCAGCAAUCUCUAGCCAUGCCACCCCCACAGGCCCAGUUACCAGCGCAGACCAUCCCAACUCCCAUUCAACAACCACUUCCUAUGAAACAGGCUUUGAUACCCCUUGAUGAGAGUCAGCUUCCCUCACAGUGUCAACCUACUUCACCUCUGAUGACCCUUGCUUCUGGACAAUUAGGACCCUGUAAUAUGGCUGAACCUCAGUCCCAGGGCAGGACCCUGCCCCUCUAUAGCCACCCAGUGCCAGGUGCCCCUCCUUCUCCGCAGCACCAGCCCAAGCAGAUGCUACCAGCUCUCACACACACACAGACCAGCAGUCAGGCCCAAGCACACUCUCAAACACAGACACACACUCAGACACACACAGAGACACCUAUAUCUGAACAGCCUAUUCUGUCCCAAGCUGUCUUUCCUGCACAACAAAUGCCCCAAAGCCCUCUGCAUACCUCAUGUCCUCCCACAUUACCAUGUCUUACAUCCCUACCAUCCACCUAUCCUACCGCUGCCCCUACUCCAGAGCUGCCUACAUCUCCACCAAUGGCCCAGGUAACCUUACCAGGGCAAGCCGACUUUAUACCCGCCUCCCCUCUGCCUGUUACUACUCUACAAUCACUUGAUUCUAAUGCCCCAAAACUGACCCAAGCCUCGCUGCAAGACUGUGACCUUUCCCUGCUGGGCAUUGCUCAGGACGGUCCUUGUAAGACAAGUGCAGAUCGUCAUUCUUUGUCAGGGUCUAUAGCAGCCAGUGGUGAAGACACCUUGCAGCUCUUGGCGAAUGGGAAAUUAGAGAAACUAAAGCCUCAGAGAAGAGCUUCCAGUCAGAAGCCUGAGAAACACCAGUUUCAACUGAGCAUGCUUCAGGUGUCCGGCAGUGGGGACAAUAUGGUGGAAUGUCAGCUGGAGACGCAUAGCAACAAGAUGGUGACAUUUAAGUUUGACAUUGAAGGGGAUGCACCUGAGGACAUAGCAGAUUAUAUGGUAGAGGAGGACUUUGUCCUUGAUGUGGAGAAAGAUAAAUUUGUUGAGGAGCUCAGAGCAAUAGUUAAGAAAGCCCAUGAAAUUCUUCAGACCCAUUCAGAGACUGGAUCAACUGACCAGUUACAAGUCAGCACUCCCACUUACUCUGUGGACCCAGUGCCCCAUUCCUCCCCAGUGGGACGCUGGCGCUUCUUUAUCAACCAGACUAUCCGCCAUAGAGACUCUCUUUCCAGUCAGGGAGCAGCCACACCACCACCCACUACAGAGACAAGGAUUCCCCAGUCUCCUAAAAUAGAGAAAGAGAGCGAAGGAUCCCAGAGUCUGGAGUCCUUGACUGGAAUAGGCUCUCCUUCCUACCCCACCCUUUCUGCCACCUCCCCCCCAGACUCCACUGUUUUAGCACCCACCUCCAUGAUCCCCUCUGCUCCUAUUCAUCACACGGCACCUGAAACCAAGCCUGGACCAGUCCCUGUCCCUGUCACCACCUCAGCUGGCCUUAUCUUAGCUUCCGCUGACCAAAUUCCCAUUGCUCCCUCAACUAUAACAACGCCCGCUGCUGCUGCUGCUGCUGCUAGCCUCCCCAGCUUGUCUGCUGCUCCUACUGUUGUGUCUCCCUCACCCACCACUAUUCUUCCUGAUAAUCUCUCUUCUCCUGGAACCAGUGUUUGUUCUACUGCGAGUCAAAUUAUAGACAAUACUGUGAUCGCUGCUUCAAGGCCGUGUAUGUCUGCAAUGGACCAAUCUUCAGCCUCUUUUCAUUCCCCUCCUCCUGCUGUAGUCAUGCCUUCUGCUGUAAGCCAACUUGGCAUAGAGCAGCAGCAGACAUUCACCCAAGUAGCCCAACAAGCCCCACAACAACCACACCAACAGCUACAGUCUAUAUCACAGCAGCAAGUACCAUCACCACAACAGCAACUGCAGCCAAUGCAGUUUGAGCAACAAAUACAGCAGCCAACACCACCACAACAAUCACAACAUCAAGUGUACCAAGAACAAAUUCCACUGCAGCAGGAACAAGCACUUCAACAGUCUCUCCAGCAGUUACAUCAACAGCAGCUAAUUCAAAAACAGAUACCACUUCACCAACAGCUGACUGAGGUGCAGGCACUGCCUCAGCAGUGUCAUACAGAGGUGUUACAACAGUCUCUGUCUCUGCCACCAUUUCCUCUACAACCAACCGAACAACCCCUUAUACAACAGCAGACAGCACAAUAUGUCCCACAGUUGCUGCAGCAGCCUCAGUUACAGCAGUUACAACAGCAGAUUAUGGCUCCUGCUUCUCUGCUGCCCCCCAAACAGGCCCACAUUGAUCAACAGCAGCAGCAACAGUUAAACCUAGAACAGACAUUACACUUACAGCAACAGCAAAUGGUGCAACAGCAGCUACAGCAGCAGCAACUUCAGAUGUUUAUGGGUGCCGCAGCUUUGAAACCAGAUCAAAACCAAAUGCUGCCCCAGUCAGUUAGUCAGCAGUUUCUUCAACAGCAGACACAGCUAAAUGUUUGCCUAGUACCACAACAGCAGGUUCCACAACAAACCCAAGUACCUGUUGAGCUGUUACCGCAACACAUACAGGCACAGAAACAGUCACAAUACACAGAACAGCAACAGGAGAUCUUUAAAGCCAUGGACACACCCCACAAACAGCUGCAGUUUCCACUGCAGAAGCAGUCCUCCUUACAGAUGUCAGAGUCAGAGGUGUCCACAGGAGAGACGAGUGUUACAGAGGAGACAAGCAGUUAUUCUGCCCCUUUUCAUCCCUCUUCUGACUCCUCUCUGCCACCUCUGCAUUUGGGUACUGCUGAAGCCCCCUUGCCCAUGCUGUCCCACAUAAUGACACCAUCCCCUGCUCAGCCUUCCUCUGUAGCCGAGUCAGAUAGUGAAGGCCCCCCCAAAAUUGAAUUUGUAGACAAUCGCAUAAAGACUCUGGAUGAAAAGCUAAGAAAUUUGUUGUAUCAGGAGUACAGCAGUGGGACAGCACUGGCUGGGGGAGCUACCUCUGGCCCAGCAUCAGCUGCCUCCACAUCAGCAGGUGGUGAUGAGUCAUCAGAACCACAGUCAAUCCACCUCUUAUCUUUCCCCCCACCUGCCUCCAUCUCAGAUACUUCCCCACACUCCUCAUCCUCCACUACUUCCUCCACUACCUCCCGUUCAUCUUCCACCUCUCCUGACCCAGAGAGGGAAGGAGGUGCGGAGAAAGCUUCCACAGAAGUGCCCAACUCUGUGGAGUUGGACCAAGUGGAGCAGCAGCCUGGCCUAUCACUCCACACCACCUCUGUCUCAUCCAACCUACCCACCUCACUUCUGCCUCCCAAUCAGGAUGACUCUGCUGAGCCCCGACGCCCACCUGUACCAGGAGAGCCAACCAUUCUUGCUGUACCCUCACACUCUGAUACCAGUGCCACUGGAGAUGCAUCAUGGCCCCCCAAUCAGCAACCGAUCCCCCUCCGGCAUGGACAGCAGCAGCACAAUGCAGGAGGUGGAUAUUUUGGCCUAAACCUGACAUGUCCUAGUAUCAGAAAUCCUGUUAGCAAGAAAUCCUGGACUCGAAAAUUCAAAAACUGGGCAUGCAAACUGCGCCACUCCGCCAGCUUGUUCAAGAAGCCCAGAGUCCAGCAAGGAGGAAAUUCAAGCAGUCAGGCACUUAAAGAUGAGAAGGAGAGAGCACCACUUAAUCGACCUCAGCCAUGCAAAGGACGUUUUCAGGUGACUCCAGUGCCCCAGACCUCUCCCCCAAAGGCUCAGCCAUCAGGCCAUGGCAGCACUCACAGAAAAGUUGGACGUUUCUCAGUAACCCAAACUGAGACUAAGAAAGAUGACAGGCAGACUGACAGCUCCCCAGUGUCCCCUGACUUGGAGAGGGAGAGGAGGAAAUGUCGGGCAAAGGAUGGAGAUAAAGAAGAUAGUAAGAGAACUCCCUCAAUGGCCCACCCCCCUCGAGGUCCUGGGCAGAGCCAUUCACCCCUGGGAAGCAGCGAUGAUGAUGAUGAGAGUGAGCUGGAGGAUGAAGAACUGAGAAGAGAACUACACAAGCUCAGAGAAAAGCACAUCAAAGAGGUGGUUUCCCUUCAGGCACAGCAGAACAGAGAGCUUCAGGAGCUGUACAGACAGCUUCGUUCUCUCAAAGACCAAAGACAGAGCCUGCCUGCCUCCUUGUCUCGUACCCCUCCUCUUCCCACAAUGCCUCCUGCCCUCUCUCCUCGCAGGCCCAGGCCAUCCAAAACCAAGCUUCGGCCCAGGCCUCACUCUCACAUGGACAACAAUGGAGUUACACAUUCUGGGAUUCAACAGUCAAGCAGUUUUUCAGGUAGUGAAAAGAACAGGCUGUCGCUAUACUGCAAGCCAGAGCACCACACAUCACUGCCUGCUAAAAGAGAACACAGUCCUCUAAGAAAGAGCACAUUCACAGAUGAACUGCACAAACUUGUUGAUAAUUGGACAAAGGAGACAGUAAGCACCACCCCACCUAAGCCUUCACUGAAUCAAAUUAAGCAAAUUCAGCAGGUGCAGGAAUUGGCAGGCUGGAGCCAGCCAACAGAGGUGGCUCCACCAGGUUGGUUUCCAGUGGCACAGGCACCCCCAUCCCCUGCCAGUUUGACUGUGGCAGCCUCUUCCCAUUACACAGGUGGAGGAAGCCUGUCCACCCUGCACUCUCCAGGACCACCACCACAAACACACAUGGCUCAAGUACCACCAGUGCAGCAGAGUUUACACCUCCAUCAAUCUCUCCCCCUCCAGCAGAUGAGCUAUUCACAGUCCCCAGUCUGCCAGCAAAUACCACAGCCCCUGAUGCAAACUCCCAUGCAGUCUCAGUCUUUAUCACAGACACCACCCAUGGCCCAGCCUCAAAGCCAACCGCUGCUGCCUUCCCAAAUGCCCACAUCACCAGUGUCCACAGCUACAUCUUUGCUGCCUGGCAGUGGAACCACUGCACCCACAGAUAGCGCUGCUGCUACUGGUGGGGCAUUUUGCUCCUCGUCCUCACCCUCUUCCACCUGUUCCUCGUCUUGCUCUACUGCUGCUCUACCUACCAGUGCCAAAAUUCACCCAACACCCCCCACCUCUACUCUUCCUCUGGGACAGAAAUGAAACCAGGUGAAGUGUGAGGUCAAUAUGAAAGUCCAAGAGAUGGAAAUACCAUGUGGGCCAGGACGUAAAUCAGAUCCAUUUAGAGUGUUAGUUCAGUGUAUGUGUGAGAGAGUUGUGACUGCAAUGGAUAUAUGGAUUCUAGUGUACUUGUGGAUAUGAUGGGGAAUUAAUGUGAAAGAAAGAUGAUAGAUUCUAGUAUGUACAGACAGAGGGUAAUAUGAAGCAUGGCUGGGGUUUCUGAAUUAGUAUUGAGCUGUAUAAAGUCUUUGAUGUAUGAAUGUGUGAAUUUAUGAGUGUGAGUGGAUUCUUUGAGUACAUAUCACUUCUGUCUUUGGAAGCAAAUUAACAGUUCUGUUCUUGUUUGCAAACCAACUCAGUGGGACCUGAAAUCUCCCUAAGCAGAGAUAAGAAGGACAAAAGAAGGCGUUGACAUUUUUUUUGUUGGAUUUGUCAAUGCUUACAGUGAAAGGACUAUCAAUUUUAAAAGUGCAAUUAGCAAUGAUCAUCUGCAUUGAUCAGCACGUAUUGUUUUGAUUUGUCUUUAAGGCAUAAAAUAUUUUUGUAGAAGCAUAAUAAUUAAUACCUGACGCAUAGGGGAUUUUUUUCAUCAUCUUUUAAACUAAGCAUACAGCACAAGUGUUUCAAUAGGCAAUCAGAAAAAAAGAGAAAGCAGCAUGUUUCCGAGUUCAGCACUUAUCUGGCUAUCCAUUUAACCGCAGUGCAACCAAACACACUGUUGAGGUGUCGUGUACCUGUACAGCAUGUGCUUGGUUUUAUAUCGCUUUAUGUUUGCAACAGAAUUAACAUGACCAGAUGAAUUCAUAAUAUGAUGGUAAAUUCAAAUAUUCCAUCUCUGUUCAGUAAACACCUGGGUGCAUUCAACCCCAGAACUGCAUGAUCUUAUGGCUGACUUGACUUGCUGAGUGCAAACUGCUUGCACUUGCUGUAUAUUCAUGAAUCUCACAGUUACUGUUUGCUGCCCACUGAGGUAACCAAUCAUACACGUUUGCUUUCAUUAUGAGACAAUUUCACAUUUCUCUUUAUUUUUGCCGCAUAUCAAGUAUACCAGUGAUGAAGAGGAACAUUUAAAAGGAAAAAAAAAACUGCCAAGUUAUCAAUAACUAGGGAAACCAUAAAGGUAUUCUCAUUUUGCCUUUUUUUUUUUUAAAGCAUUUUUGUGAGUGUAUAUUUUUUUCUGUGUGACAAAGCUUUGUAAUAGUCCCAUGGUAUAUUGCAUUACGAAUUGCGUUCCUUUCUUUCAUUCAUCAAAGCAGCCUCUCAAAUGUCAUUGUACUCAAGUGGAAUUGUUUACCUUGCCUAGGUUUUAGGCUUACUAUCUUUAAAAAAAAAAAAAGAAAGAAAAAGAAAAGAAAGGAAAAGAAAACAAGUGAGAUCUUCAAUCAUAUAUCAGUUAUAAGUUUGAUGUUCAACGCUGAUGUGAGAUCCUCACAUGCUCAUUUGUCAGCUUUGUUUGGCGUUGUACAAAUUCCUCAUUUCAAUUGUGAACUAUUUAGUCAUUAACUAUAGGCAGUCUGAAUUCAUUGAUCAGAAGGUGACAUGUGGGCCACUGUGCUUUACACACACAACUAAAGAUUUACUCCAGUCAAACAUCCUCCAUUUCUCUAUUUCUAAACUCAGUUUGUAGAUGCAGAUAUUCAGAGUAAUAUAUCAGCAGCAGAUAUAUUACUGUAAACACUGUCGGCUCAUCAGCCAUACACACAUUAGACCAUUGAUGGCUAGGUGUUAAUGUUUUUUUUUUGGUCUAAAAAGUAGCCAGUAGUCAAAGCAGUAUUUCUGAUUUAUUAAUAAUAGAUUGUGUGCCACAGAAAACAGGAGAUUUAACAGGAUGGCAAAGACUGCUAAAUGUACAUCAAAGGCCUAAAACAUGAGUGGGUAAGGAGGAAUAGUUCAUGCUAAGUGGUAUGGUUGUUCAGAAGCAGCAUAAUCUAGACUAUAAAUUACACAGUACUCAGUAUUUGUUGCUUUUCAAGACUACCCACAUUUUCACAGAGAUGUGCUGUAGUUCAUUAUUAGUGAAGGUGUGUGCGCUGUCAUGUCUGAUACUAACAUGCAUCUAACAAGCUACAGCUUAAUGAUCAUGACUCGUGAAAAUAAGCUGACUUUGUCCUUGAAGUGUUACCAAAAUGUUAUCUAAAAGAUAAAGAUUAUUUUUGUAUUUUGGAAUGAGGUUGUACAAAUUGUAAAAUUGUGCUCUCACCGCUAUAAAUCAGAGGUUAUUUGAAACUAGAAAACUGGUUUUCAUCCCUGUUUACAUGGGACUCCCUGCUGUGAUAUACCUCUGACAGGCUUAUCCAGAUGAUACAUAAAGUAAUGACACCUCACCUUCUCAUUGGGCUUCAGGUCACAUAAAAUUAACUUAAAAUAAUGCAAAUAAAACAAAAAAUCUGGGGAGUCCCAAAAUGGCAUGACUGAGAACCAAGGAAAAAAGUACAUUUGGGCAGAAAAGAAAAAUAGAGGAAUAAAGUAUGUUGCUGGUGAUUUAGCCUCUGUAAAUUGUAACUAAUUCAUCUGUUGAUUUUAUUUAUGUUUUGUAACUAAUCAAAAUUAAAAAAA